GGCACGAAACGGUUAGGCGCCGGGAACCUUGGCAACACGCGAGUGCUCGUAUUAACUGCGCCAGAGCGACUGAGAGGGACGGACUGAGUCUCCCGGGGCUCCCUUCGCUUCUAAUCGCCACCAGCGGAAUGAAGAUCGAGGAGGUGAAAAGCACUUCGAAGACACAGCGCAUCGCGGCCCAUAGCCAUGUCAAGGGGCUGGGGCUGGACGAGAGCGGGGCGGCCAAGCCAGCAGCAGCCGGGCUCGUUGGACAGGAGAACGCGCGGGAGGCUUGUGGUGUUAUUGUGGAAUUAAUCAAAAGUAAGAAGAUGGCUGGCAGAGCCGUGUUACUGGCGGGACCUCCUGGGACAGGCAAGACUGCUUUGGCUCUAGCUAUUGCUCAGGAGUUGGGAAGUAAGGUUCCCUUUUGCCCUAUGGUUGGAAGUGAAGUAUAUUCUACUGAAAUAAAGAAAACGGAAGUCUUGAUGGAAAAUUUCAGAAGAGCAAUUGGAUUAAGAAUUAAAGAAACCAAGGAAGUUUAUGAAGGAGAAGUCACAGAAUUAACUCCCUGUGAAACUGAGAAUCCUAUGGGAGGUUACGGGAAAACCAUUAGUCAUGUCAUUAUUGGACUCAAAACAGCAAAAGGAACUAAACAGCUAAAGUUGGAUCCCAGCAUAUUUGAAAGUUUGCAAAAGGAAAGAGUGGAAGCUGGCGAUGUAAUUUAUAUUGAAGCAAACAGUGGAGCUGUCAAGAGGCAAGGUAGGUGUGACACCUAUGCUACUGAAUUUGACCUUGAGGCUGAAGAAUAUGUUCCCUUGCCAAAGGGUGAUGUGCACAAGAAGAAAGAAAUUAUCCAGGAUGUCACACUGCAUGAUUUGGAUGUAGCCAAUGCUCGGCCUCAGGGUGGACAAGACAUCCUCUCCAUGAUGGGACAACUAAUGAAACCAAAGAAAACUGAAAUCACAGACAAGCUUCGAGGUGAGAUCAACAAGGUGGUAAAUAAAUAUAUUGAUCAAGGCAUUGCGGAGUUAGUCCCUGGUGUCCUUUUUGUGGAUGAAGUUCAUAUGCUGGAUAUUGAGUGCUUCACAUAUUUGCAUCGCGCAUUGGAAUCUUCUAUCGCUCCGAUAGUCAUCUUUGCCUCCAACCGGGGAAACUGCAUAAUCAGAGGGACAGAAGAUAUUAUCUCUCCACAUGGGAUACCUCUGGAUCUUCUGGACCGGGUAAUGAUCAUUAGAACCAUGUUAUAUACACCACAAGAAAUGAAACAGAUCAUAAAACUUCGAGCCCAAACAGAGAGCAUAAAUAUUAGUGAGGAAGCACUGAAUUAUCUUGGGGAAAUUGGCACCAAAACCACAUUAAGGUAUGCUGUGCAGUUACUCACCCCGGCCAAUCUGCUAGCCAAAAUCAAUGGGAAAGAUAGCAUAGAAAAAGAACAUAUUGAAGAAAUAAAUGAACUCUUCUAUGAUGCCAAAUCCUCAGCAAAAAUCCUGGCUGACCAACAGGAAAAAUACAUGAAGUAAAGACAUUUGUUCAGCUUUCUAGCAUUCAGAACUGAUUUAUACUUUCUCCAAGUUCUUCAAAGAAAGAGGCAGAAGAAAUUACCUUUAAGAACUGAAAACUUUGAAUAUCAAAUUAUUUGUUUACAGUAGGAUCAAAUCUUUAUUCCUAAUUAUUUAGAGGGAAUAUCUUGGCUUGUGGUAAUAUGAUAUCCCUUAUGCUUGUGCUAUUUGAAAUAGAUGCAUCUGGCAAAUUCUUCUGACAAUGCUUUAGAUUUGAUUGCUCAUGUAUUCAAAUCUAAACAAAAUAUAUUACUUUUUAAAUAUUGUGUUUAAAUUGUGGAGAUGUUUCAUUAAAAAAAAAUCACUAAUUUUUUGUCCGUGACUUAAAUGUUGAUCUUCUCAAGAAGAACUUUUACUCAGUAAAAGUUACCUGUUUUGUCAUUCUCUGCAACUAAAAUUGAGAUGGAUGGUAAGUUUUUUUGCCAACUUGGUACAGUUGGAGAAGGAGACAGUAUUUCUUAAUUAAAAACAGAAUUAGUCUUGCUUGUAAAUAGAUCAAGAAUCCUCUCACUGUUGAUAUUCUUUUUGCAAUUUGGAUGGAGAAUGCUGCAGCUAAGAGAUCUAAACCUGGAUGAUUUAUGAUCCCUUGCAAAUAUAUAUGCUGCAACAACUUUGGGAGAUUUGAUGCCACUCUAUGAAGUUCAAAUAGGGCUUUUUUAUAACUGUCUCUAUUGAUUGAAAAUAAUAGUUUUUCCCACCCACAGUUGCUUCUAUUCAACAUUAUUAUGCAAACUUAAACCCAUCUACAGUAUAUUUUUACAAAACCUGGGAACUGAUGGGAACAUAAUUCUGUAAAUGUUUAUUGUUACAUUUGGGAAAUUUCCCAGAAAAAUAAAGUGCAACACAUAAAA